GGUCAUAAGAAAAAACAAAAUAUAAAUAAACAUCCCGCCGUGACCUAUCGCCGGCAAGUAUCUCCGAAACCACCGCAAACGGCAAAAUUUCAUACCUUCUUCGGCAUUCUUCCGGCUGAACAUCGCCGGAGAUAUCAGAAUACUGAUACACUUGCUUUGUGCCUGUAGAAGAAUCAAAACUGAAAAAAGUGAAGAAAGAGCAUUAACAGAGCAAUGGAUCGGUUAGUAGCAGCAAAGGAACUAUCUUUUCGAAUAGGGUUUACUGGACACAGUGGUCACCUCACGAUCGAGCCUCUCCCUCCUGUUGAGCGCGAUACUCCUCUCAAUUCUAUUCCUGAUUUCAUUUUGCCACCUGCAUUUCCAAAGGAAACACCUGAAACAAUAAAGGAAUUUAUUAGGGAGAAGUAUCUAUUGCCUCAGCUGGACGCAGAUGAGUUUUCUCCCGAAAAAGUCGGAAGGCAGUGGGAGUUUGAUUGGUUUGAGAGAGCUAAAAUCCUUCCAGAUCCAUCUUUGCCUCGAUCUGUUGUUGUUCCUACAUGGGAAGUGCCUUUUAGACGUCAGCGGGACAGAUUGGAUAAUGGAGGAUGGGAACCAAAGUCAGAGGAGAGAGACGUAUCAGAACUUACAAUUGGAGCUGAUGAUUCUGGGGCACUACCGCGCAUUGUUGGACCACCAAAGGAUUUUGUUAGAGGAAGCAUUAAUAGUCGUCCGUUUCGACCUGGUGGCUUGGAUGAUUCCCCUUCGCUGGGCAGAGUUGUUCCUGAUGGUGCUACAAAUGGUGAAUGGGUAAGGGAGGUGCUUAAUGGCGGUCCUGCCCAAACCGCUCCUCCAAGCUUUAAGCAAGGACCUGAUCUUGGUGAUCUUAAGGAUACACAUUCAUGCUCUUGGAAUAUAUAUGAGGAUCAGAGUGCUGUCAUGAACACAGUGGAGGUGAAACUGAGUGACUUAUCCGUGCAGUUUGAUGACUUGUUCAAGAAAGCUUGGCAAGAGGAUGUCACGGAGUUUGUUGGAGAUGGUCAUACGUCUGAAUUGCAAUCUGAAGCGGAACAAUUGCCAUCUGUCAAGCCAGAGCUACUUCAGGUUGAAGCUGAAGUAAACAAGUCCGAAGUGGCUGAUGAGGGUCUAGACACUGAGAUAUCCGUCUUGGAUGAGAUUUUGUCUGUUGAAGCAGAAGGAUCAAUAUCAAGAUUGGAUGGGGAUAAAGAUGGUGCACGCCAAGAGAAUGACGGAUGGGCUGUUACUGGUGGCAGUGAAGUAAUUGUAGAACGAUUUCAUGAUCUCAUCCCUGAUAUGGCUCUUACUUUCCCAUUUGAACUCGACCCCUUUCAAAAAGAGGCCAUCUAUCAUCUUGAAAAAGGGAACUCUGUCUUUGUUGCUGCUCAUACAUCUGCUGGGAAGACUGUUGUGGCAGAAUAUGCAUUUGCUUUGGCAGCUAAACACUGUACCAGGGCUGUAUAUACAGCUCCAAUCAAAACAAUCAGCAAUCAGAAAUACAGGGAUUUUUGUGGGAAAUUUGAUGUUGGCCUUCUCACAGGUGAUAUAAGCAUAAGACCUGAGGCCUCUUGUCUUAUAAUGACCACUGAGAUAUUAAGGUCAAUGCUUUAUAGAGGGGCUGAUAUGAUUCGGGAUAUAGAAUGGGUUAUAUUUGAUGAAGUGCAUUAUGUCAAUGAUGUUGAAAGAGGUGUUGUUUGGGAAGAAGUUAUCAUUAUGCUCCCAAGACAUAUCAACUUUGUCCUCCUUUCAGCUACGGUACCCAACACAAUUGAAUUUGCAGACUGGAUUGGUCGUACAAAACAAAAGCAAAUUCAUGUUACUGGGACGACCAAAAGACCUGUCCCUUUGGAACAUUGUCUCUUCUAUUCUGGGGAGCUUUACAAAGUGUGUGAGAAUGAAGAGUUUCUGCCUCAUGGAUUUAAAGCAGCCAAAGAUGUACAUAAGAAGAAGACCACAAGUUCUGUCUCUGGCGGCGCCAGCUUGCGUCCUGGGUCUUCAACAGCUGCUGAUAAGGGUCGAGGACAGAGGCGUGAUAGCUCUUCUCAGGCGAAGCAGCACAAGCAUUCUGGUCCCCAAAGAUUCGGGAAUUUUGGUGGUGGUUGGGGAGCACAAAGCACUGGGCCUGGACAGAAUGUUAUGGGGUUUAGGAGAUCAGAGGCGUCUUUGUGGUUGACGCUGAUUAAUAAACUCUUGAAGAAAUCACUGUUACCUGUGGUUAUAUUUUGUUUUUCGAAGAAUCGAUGUGACAAAUCAGCUGAUAACAUCCCUGGUACCGAUCUCACAAGUAGUUCUGAGAAAAGUGAAAUUAGGAUUUUCUGUGAUAAAGCAUUUUCGCGGCUUAAGGGAUCUGACAGAAACUUACCGCAGAUUGUCAGAAUUCAAAGCCUUCUGCACAGGGGCAUUGCUGUGCAUCAUGCAGGGCUCCUCCCAAUUGUCAAGGAAGUUGUAGAAAUGCUUUUUUGUCGAGGUUUGGUUAAGGUUCUGUUCUCGACAGAGACAUUUGCAAUGGGAGUUAAUGCUCCAGCCAGGACGGUAAGUCAUCAUUUGCAGUGAUCUUGUUACUUUGAUUGCAGUUAUUUUCAUAGAACAUACUCACUCCAUCCCAUUUUACGUGGCCAUGUUUUAUUGGGUACGGAGUUUACAAAAG